AUGCCCCAGGAAGUCCUCCUCCUGGCGUUACGUCUCCCUUCCAUGCGCAAGAAAGUCUCCGCUGAGCUCGGCAAAGCACGACUGGACAUCGAGAAGGGCAUGGUCCCGGAAGGCCCUUCUGUGCACCGCCACCUCGCCCUGCCACCGACCGGACAGCCGCCAGAGUGGAUAGUGAAGGAGAUGGAGGCCAUGGACCAUGAGGCGCCUGGAACGCACGCAGAUUGGAGAGAGGGCAAGGUCUCAGGAGCGGUCUAUCACGGCGGCGAAGAGCUUACGCGUGUCAUCCUGUCUGCAAUUGAACGGUAUGCGCUCUCGAACCCGCUACACCCGGAUGUCUUCCCGGCAGUUCGUAAAAUGGAGGCCGAGGUUGUCGCGAUGUGCCUGCGGAUGUACAACAACCCCACUGGUGCGGGAACGACGACCAGUGGUGGCACGGAGAGCAUCGUCAUGGCAUGCAAGACGUAUCGUGACUGGGCGAGGGCUGUCAAGGGCAUUCGCGAGCCGGAGAUGAUCGUCCCGGUGACAGCUCACGCUGCAUUUGACAAGGGCGCAGCGUAUCUGGGUAUCAAGGUCCACACCGUCCCUGUCGACCCCGAGACAAGGCAGGUCAACCUGAAGCGUGUCAAGCGUGCGAUCAACGCGAACACCAUCAUGCUCGUCGGCUCCGCGAUCAACUUCCCUGACGGCAAUGCCGACAAUAUUGCCGCCCUCGGCGACCUUGCGGACAGGUACAACGUCGGCCUGCAUGUCGACUGCUGCCUGGGCUCGUUCAUCGUGCCGUUCAUCGAGGAGGCGGGACUCGGGCCCUUCCCGCCCUUCGACUUCCGCGUGCGCGGCGUGACGAGCAUCAGCUGCGACACACACAAGUACGGAUUUGCGCCGAAAGGAAACUCGGUGAUCAUGUACCGUGAUGCGGAGCUCCGAAAGUACCAGUACUACGUGAACCCGGAUUGGGUUGGUGGGGUCUACGCUAGUCCGAGCAUUGCGGGCUCAAGACCUGGCUCCUUGAUCGCGGGAACCUGGGCGGCCAUGCACUACAUGGGACGCGAAGGCUACCUCGAGUCCUGCAAGUCCAUCGUCUCCAUCGCGCGCACGAUCGCCUCGCGCAUCCGCGCCGAGAUCCCGGAGCUGCGCGUCCUCGGCGACCCGCGCGCCUCCGUCGUCGCGUUCGCGUCCGCGCGCAAGGGCCGGGCGGAGGGCGUGAGCGUGCUCGAGGUCGGCGACAAGAUGGCGAAGAAGGGCUGGCACCUCAACGCGCUCAGCGCGCCCGCGGCGGUGCACAUCGCCGUGACCCGCCUGACGGUGCCCGUCGUGGACCAGUUCAUCGCGGACUUGAAGGACGCGGUGAAGGAGGCGCAGCUCGAGCCAGGUGGAAAAGGAACAAUGGUUAUGCUUUAUGGUCUCGGAACUGGCAGCGCUGUUGGCCCGACGAUGGUUGGCCACUUGGCCACCGCAUUUUUGGAUACACUCUACAAGGCUUGA